GGUUCACCGACUGGGACAGCGAUCAGGACAGCAAUGGGCGAGUCAGAGACCGAGCCAGAGUCAGAGCCAGAGGUCGCCGUCGACCAGUCAACAGAAAGUGAGCCGCUCAAGGCGCCGACCAUCAAGUGCCCCACACGGGUCUUCCACACCAUCGAGUUUCCUGGCUACCUACGCAAGCCAUGCUCAUCUGCAAGCGACGAAUCCGUCCAGGCAGCCCUGGCAACGCUGGGCGGCGUGCCGGCCAUCAACAAGGGCUUCAACGCAGAUCCAGGGUCGCUGGUUCUCAACUUCCGCCCGAACAACCCGUUCUCCCAUCCGAUCACCGGAGACUGCGUCGUUGCAUGCAAUCUGCUCAUGAAGAUAACCAAGAAAACCCGCAGAAACAAAGUCACGGGCGAAGUUCAGGUCAAGCACGACUUCUCCUUCAUUGGCAUUGUGGAAAAAACCUGCCGAUUUCGAACCCUGGUGGACUACCAAUAUAACCCCGGUCCGCAAGACGAUGUAACUCGUCUGCGGUAUGCGGUCGAGCGCUAUGACAUCGACGGCAUCAACAGAUUUUCAUUCAACCAAGAGGAAAAUGAGCACCAAGAAAGCAGAUCGCAUCAGAUUCCUCCCCCAAGUUUCACGAGGACUGAAUGGAGCUAUAACUACGAAUACAAGCAAAGUGCCGCAUUGGUCAAGGUCUUGGUCGAGAAGGAUGGCAAGCGCGAGAUGAAGAUCGUCAAGAAGGACGACUACUUUCAGAUCAUCCACUUUGUCCUUCCAGAGGGCUUGCAAGGCUCUGUCCUGACCGAGCCGCCUCCUAUCGACCUUUCGUCCUUCCCGAAGGGCAUCGUCGAGGCUCUCCGCACGCUGUUUUCCGAACGACCUGUCAUGACGCGCCAGGCCUUCCUCAACGGACUGUCACCGAUGUUCAGGUCGUUGAGCGUAGCAGUGAUCAACAAGCUUGUCUGCCAAGUAGCUUUCUUGUGCCUCAACGGCCCGUGGCAGCAUUGCUGGAUUCGAUACGGCUACGAUCCGCGCAAGGAUCCCCAAGCACGGUUCUAUCAGACAAUCGAUGUGCGAUCGGUCCGCUCCGACACUGGUCUUGCGAUGCGUGCCCAACGCCGGAGACUCGAUCCCUUCAUGGUUUCGACUCGGCCUUCGGGGCUCCUCAAGCCGAGCCACUCCAGUGCAAACACCGGACAAUUACGCUCACACGUCUUUGAUGGAGUAUAUUUCAGCGGCAGAGCCGCCUAUCAGCUGUGCGAUCUUCUCGAGCCCGAGCUGAAGGAGCUGGUCGAGUCCACGAAGCACGUCAAGGCCGAAUACGGCGGGCUGCGCGAUGGAUGGUACGAUCGCGGACACUUCAAUCGGAUCCGGCAGUUGCUCAAGUUCAAGAUUAUGCGACUGCAGGGCCGCGUGACCGACGACUCCUAUCCUCAGACCACCGACGAUAUGGAUGUCGACGACAACGACGACGGUGACUACGCUGGCAGCGGCAGCACCGGCGCUGCCAGCACUCGUCGAGACGGGCUGGACAGUGCGGACGCUGUUACUCGCACGCACAGCUCGCUGGGCGGCGGCAUGCAAGCCGAGUUCAACAGAAAUUUUCCUGCCCACGCCACGGACGAAGAGUUCUCCGACGGCGAUUCAGAUGAUGUCUACGAUAUCCUCCACGACAACGAGCACGACGACGACGAUGACGAUGACGACGACGCAGGCUAUCGCGACUGACGAUGCCCCAAACAGACGGCGGCCAUGGUCGGUGUCUCGCGGCAGCGGCCCUGGCGAGCGAAAGGCGGCACGCCGUGCGAACUUGGCUGGGAAAGGGUGGUGUGUUUGCGCGAGACGCACAAGGCCUGGCGCCGCGGCGCAACGGCCGGAAUAUGAAACGCGUUCUCGGCAGUGUUCUCGGCAGUGCUCUCGGCAGUGCUCUCGGCUGCGUUCUCUCUCGGCAGUGCUCUCUCUUGUGGGUGUUCUCGCUGGGGUCUC